CACACGGACGCACACUCAUGAAACCGCUCUGCUGAAGUCUGACACGAACCAAGCUGGCUUCAUAUCUGAAAGCUCUGACCACCAGCAGCCCCUCCAUGAGCUGCCAAUCCCCUCUCCCUGAAUCCCUUCCUGGACCAGAGGCAGAGGGCCUCGCCUCGCCUCCCUGGUCAGUCGACUCUCCAGAGCGGUGCGAGGACCAUGAAGAGAGCCUGUCUAUGUUCUGUUUGGACGACCUGGAGCCUUUAUGUAAACAAUGUGCAGCUGUGAGCCAUGCAGGACACAGGGUUUACCUCUUAGCUGAGGCUGCAACUGAUUGCAAGGAGGAGCUCAGACCACUGCUGAAUGGACUGAAGAAAAAGCUGCUUCACUUUGAGAAAGUCACACAGACCUGUGAACAUGCAUCCAGACACAACCAGGCUGAGGCCAAACUGACCGAAGAGCAGAUGAAAAAGGAGUUUGAGAGUCUUGACCGGUUCUUGAGAGAGGAGGAAGCAGCCAGGAUACUUGAGCUCAGGAGGGAACAGGAGGAGAGGAAGAGAGAGACGGAAGAACGAGUAGACAGAAUGGAUCAGGUGAUAAAAUCACUGGAAGACAAGCUCCAACUGAUUGAAGAGGAGCUUGAUGCAGGAGGAGAUGGAGCUGAGUUUUUACAGCAAUACCAAGACACCAUGAAUAGUGCAUGGAUGGGUCACAGGGAGCCAAAGAGGCUUUGCAGGCCUCUAAUAGAUGUGGCCAAACACCUGGGUAACCUCCACUAUGCUGUCUGGGAGAAGAUGAAACACAUCGCCCCCUACACCCCAGUGACCCUGGACCCCAGAACAGCUGGCCAGUCUCUGAGGGUGUCUACUGGGUUAAAUAGUCUCCAGAUAACUCCUGGACCUUCAGAGGCGCUUGUACAGAAUACGGGUGAGGUUGUCCCUGUCCCAGCCAACCCUGAACGUUUCCACGCUUAUUCCUGCAUUCUGGCAAGAGAGAGCUUUGACUCAGGAGUGCACUGUUGGGAUAUUGAGGUUGGUGACACCAAUAACUGGACACUCGGUGUGGCUGCUGAAUCAAUAUCCAGAGGGGCAGAGUUUGAGGCCUGUCCAGAGGCAGGACUCUGGUGUAUCAGCCUGCGAGACAGCAAGUACCAAGCUCUGACCACUCCCUCUCAGACCAUAAAUUUCGACAACUCAAGGCACCUUAACGUCGUCCGUGUGAGGCUGGACUGGGAUGAAGGGAUGCUAGGAUUCAUGAACGCUGAUAAUGAUGCACAUCUUUUCACGUUUAGACAUCGCUUUGCUGAGAAGGUGUACCCAUACUUUGAGAGCAUGUGUGUGUGUGGGGGCCUUGCUGUGUUGGCAGAGAGCGUGGGUGUCACUGUGGGUCUAAAUGAUGAUCCGCAGAUGAAAAGUGAGUCUUCCACUGAGGGAGACAUAUUCGCCGCAUCAACUGUGAGAAACAGCAAGAUGUCAGACUGUGGACGUGUGACAGAAGACAAAAAUACAGCAAUUUGUUCUCAGAGAUCCAUGAAAAAGGACCAGCUCAUUAAAACUAAACCCACUAGAAAGGGAAAGACUUCAGAAGGUAAACCAGCAGUUAAAAAACAGAGCAGCAAGACCAGGCUCAGUGUGACCUACCAUGUUUCACUGAGUAAAGCCCUAAACAUCAUCAACAAUAGAUCUGCCAGUCACAAACAAAUCCAGAUGGAUUAUGUUGAUAAUCUGAAACAUUCGACUUGUGAUGAAUAA